UCGAAAUUCUUCUCGCUACUUACCUGCCCACUUUUAUUGAUUAUCUAAAAUUUUAAACAGAUUACUUGAGGUAUUGAAAGUAUUCGUUUAUUCAGUUAUAAUCGGCCAACUAAAAAUCAAAAAUGAAAUUAAUCUUCACCUUAAUAUUAUUGGCGACCACGGUACUGAUGAUCGAUGGCAUCAUCCAAGGUUCCACAACUCGGGCACAUUGGUGGCCAUUUUUAGUUUUCAUCGAACGUAACAAACACUUGGAUAGCAGAUGUGGUGGCUCGCUCAUAAGCAAAAAUUACGUUUUAACUGCGGCUCAAUGCGUCAAAGGAACCACAGCGUUGACUCUGACAUUCGGUUUGUUUGACUUGACAGACAAACAAGAACAAGGCCAUGUUAUUUACCAGGUACAACGCGAUGAUGUUAAAAUUCACGAGUACUUCGAUGAAACGACACUGGAAAACGACAUCGCUUUGAUAAAACUAGAUAAACCCAUCGAGAUUACCGACACAAUCAAUACCGUGAAAGUAGCAACUAAAGAUGAUAUCCAAAAUUUAGUAGGCCAAGAGGCGAUAACCAUAGGAUGGGGCCAAGUGAAUCCAAUGGGAACUCCCUUAUAUGCAGAUGUGCCUGAGGCCAUUUGGAUACACGUGAUAGAUAGGUACGGGGGCGAGUGCUCGGAGCGCUUCGGAAGCCUCAUACAAGAAACGAACAUCUGUUGCGAACACGUGAAUUUACCCAACGGGCCUAAUUUGAAUCUUUGCGAUGGCGAUUACGGGGGCCCUCUCGCCAUUAACGCUACAUUUUACAGUAGUGAAACACUGCUCGUCGGUGUUGCCAGUUUUUCGACGAAAAAAUGCAACCUCGCUUAUCCGAAUGUUUUCACCGAUGUUUCCAAAUAUACGGACUGGAUUAAGGAAAAUUCAGAUGUAGUUUUUUAAAAAUGAGUCUAUUUUACAAACAAUUCAAACAAAAUACAUAACAAAUAAUAUAUACAUAGGUUACAGACAAAAAAAUCUGUACGUAUGAUCGAUUGUUAUUACUUACUUAUCUAAUAAAACUCUAAUAAUAGUUUAAUUGAAUAAUUUAAGUUUGCCUUCUCCACUUUAAUAAAUAAAAUGACUAAUUAGCUUCUCGCUUGAUAUAUUUCUUUCACAAUAUGGCUAAAAGCAAACUAUCAAAACUAUGGGACAGUAUUCAUCAUAGAUUGUUAUAGCUGUUAAUUUUAUGUACAUAAAAGAGUAAAAGAAUAAGGUUAUUUGAACACUUCUCAAUUUGACUAGGUACUUGUUCGUUAAGGCUUAUAAAUUCAUUAAGUCGAAAUGGAAAUUGUUCCUAAGAAAUUGUCUUUCUGGAGGGAACUAUUAAUUAAUAAAUACUAUAGUUAUCUAAUUCGCUAACAAUACACACACAGCUCACAAUUGAUUUUUUACUUUCAAGUUCUCAGCAAAGAAACAACCUAAGUAAAUAUGCAAACAUGUAAAGCUGUUUUUGAGUUAUAUUUUUAGCUCUAUUCAUAAUUUAUUUCUUUCCUUAUUAUUAUUAUACGUGCAUAGGACGUUUCUGGAUUAAAAUUCGUAUAUGUACAUUAAAAAAAAUCUAAUCAGAACGAUAUGUUCAGUCUUUUAUAAAGUAAAAAAUGAUUAUUCGACCAAAAAUCAACUCAAAAGCUAGACUUUGCUUAAACUAUCACGAGAAGUCUAUAUAUUGUAAAAUACCCUUAUACUUAUCACUCACAAUAGCAUAUAAUUGCACAAAAUUUUACGUUUGUUUUACGUUCAAGCGGCCUGAGAAGCGAUUUUUUCCAGCCUCUUUUCCUCGUCCUCUUCUUCUUUGCUCUUUUUGAACAGUAACGGGCACAUGCCCAGCAAGCAACCCAAUGUAACGCCUAAAGAAACAUAAAAAAAACCAAUGUUAUUGGAUUAUUUACCAACUUUGAUUAAUCGGUGUUGUAAACAGACACCAAUAAAGCGGGAAAAACAGUAAACUUGCCCAAAACUCUGCCGGUAUUGGCCGAAUUCCUGCAGCAGCUCAUAUCCAAUUGAAUGGGAGACAAUUUAGGCGGCCUGAAGCCGAUUUUGUUGGCCAGUCUUUCGACGUAGAAAGCGGACCCGAUGCCCAUCACGUCAGACAUGGUGUUCCCCAAUGCAGCCGCUCCCAUCGUGGUCAAGCAAAAAUACGAGCCCACAUACAUGUCUAUGUAGUCG